CGGCCGCCCUUGGUGGGGGGGGGCCCCGCCGAGCCCGGCAUCCCUGCGACGCCUGCCCGCAGCCUGCCGAGCCCCCCGCCGGGAGAGGGAGGGAAAAGGGGGGGGGGGGGGAAGGAAAAAGAUUUAAGAAAGGAAAAGAAAAAUUUUUUUUUUGGUUUUUUUUUUUUUUUUUUAGAAGGAAUUCGAAGGGAAUUUGGAAAAGGAAGCAAAAAAAAAAAAAUCGAAGGGAAAAGUUUAGAAGUUAAGGAGGAAAUUUAAAAAAAAAAAACAAACUUUUAAAAGAGAAUUUUUAAGAGGGAGCGAGCUCUUCUUCAAGAGGAAAAUAAUAAUAAGAACUGAGGGAGAGGAAAACGAAUAAAAAAAGCCGAGAGGGCUCGGUCCGGGCGGCGCAGAUCAGCCCUCGCCGGGACAGCCGCGGCUCGGCUCGGGAGGGAGGAAAAUGCCGCAGCUGGGCAGCGGCGGCGGGGACGACCUGGGGGCCACCGACGAGAUGCUGGCCUUCAAGGACGAGGGCGAGCAGGAGGAGAAGAUCCCCGAGAACGCCUUCACCGAGCGCGAUCUGGCCGACCUCAAGUCCUCGCUGGUGAACGAGUCCGAGGGCAGCGGCAGCCCGGCCGCCGCCGCAGACCCCGAGGCCAUCAGGCGUGUGCAGGAUCCGCAGAGGGUUUAUCAGGAGAAGCUCCCGGACCACAUGGAAGAUGGUAUGAAGCACCAGGACCCAGGGAUGUAUAAAGGAUCCGCGUAUUCUGGCUACCCUUUCCUAAUGCUCUCAGACCCUUAUCUGCCAAAUGGAUCUAUGUCACCGCUGUCCAACAAAGUUCCCGUCGUGCAGCCGUCCCACGGAGUCCACCCGCUCACCCCGCUCAUCCCUUACAGCAACGACCACUUCAGCCACGGCUCCCACUCGCCCCACUUGCCCGCCGACAUCAACCAGAAGCAAGGAGUGCACCGGCCUUCCCAGACCUCAGACAUCCCCGGCUUCUACCCGCUCCCCCCGGCUGGGGUCGGCCAGAUCACGCCCUCGAUGGGAUGGCAGAGCCAGUCUGUCUAUCCGCUCCCGUCAUGUGGAUUUAGACAGCCGUAUUCGUCAGCACUUUCCGCUGGGGCUUCUUUCUCCAGGUUCACUCACCCGCUGAUGCUGGGCUCCGGCAUGCACACCACCGGCAUCCCGCACCCCGCCAUCGUGCCCCACUCUGGCAAGCAAGAGAUGGAGCACUACGACCGAAACAUGAAACCUCAGCCAGAACCAAAGAGAGAGAAGGAAGCCAAGAAGCCCACUAUCAAGAAGCCCCUGAACGCUUUCAUGUUGUAUAUGAAAGAGAUGCGGGCAAAAGUCAUUGCGGAGUGCACCCUGAAGGAGAGCGCAGCUAUCAACCAGAUCUUGGGCAGGAGGUGGCACGCGCUGUCCCGGGAGGAGCAGGCCAAGUACUACGAGCUGGCGCGCAAGGAACGGCAGCUCCACAUGCAGCUCUACCCCGGCUGGUCCGCACGGGACAACUACGGGAAAAAGAAGAGACGGACACGGGAAAAGCAACAAGAUUCCAAUUCAGGAGGAAAAAGAAGUGCAUUCGGUACUUACAAGGAGAAGGACGCUGUGCCAGCCCAGUUUCUUCCGAUGGAAGUGCUAUAGACUCCCCUCCCUCUCCCCUGGAUGCACUCCAACGCGUACCCUCUGCUUUCCCUUCAGACCAGCCCGCAGCCCCCGCUGCCUCCGCGCACCGAGAGCCUCCCGACCCCUUCCCCGUCUUGGCCCACGCCGGCCCGGCCGCCAGCUCCUCCAGACCGAGCGCCCACCGCUCGCCCCACACGCCCGCGGAGCCCCCGGCGCACAGCGUGGCCCCCACGGGGACGUAGCCCCGCGCCCACCCGCCCGCCUUGGCUGAGACACCGGGCACUUUGCUCACUGAACAGCACCGGAGGCCCGUCCAAAUUCCCCACGUUCACUGUCAAACUUGCAAAGUUAGGCGACGGAAUGAUUUAAGGAUGCUGGAAAACUCUUUUUUUUGUUGUUUGUUUUCUUUUUUUUUUUUUGGGGGGGGGGAGGGGUGGUGGUUAAAGAUAGAAAAGUGACUUUAAAAAAAAAAGGUUUAAAAAAAAAAAGUAUUUGCCAAAAUUUCUAAGUGCUGAUGAGUAAACAAGCCUUUUGUCCCUGCCCUGUGCUGCUUUUUUGUUUGUUUGGGGUUUUUCUUUUUUUUUUUUUUUUACUACAGUAUCUCCAAGUAUGGCGGAAAGCAAAGAGGAACCCCCAGCUUGCUGCAGUAGGUGGUAGGUGCUAUAAAUCUAACACUGGCUUCCAUUUCCUGCCUUCUGAGCUGCUUUAAACUGUAGUCAGUCACAGAUCUCCCGUAGCUGUCGUACCACGGGGCUGGAAAAGCUGGAAUAGGAGCAUUUUGUAAAAGCCCUCAUGUCUGAAGACUAAAUGUAGCGAUGCUAGCUCCCUGAUCUGACUGACAGAGAAAUGAAAUAUUUAAACAAAUGAGGUGUAUUUUUUAAGCUUCGUGUCUGAGGACAGGAAGGUACUGUUUACAGGUAACAGGUCUCUGUGCAGACGUCGAUCCCACUAGCAGAGGAAAGCGGGGCGCUGACCAGGCGCAGCAGGAGCUCGGCCGCUUGAAGUCUGACUGCCGACUGCUGCCCACGUCGGUGCAGGGCCUCCCUUGCUGUCGUGACUCGGUCACUGCAGAUCUGGACAGCCAGAAUUCUCAUCCGGCGGCCUGGGUGCAGCCUCAGAAAGCCUAACUCUGCAACCAGCUGUGCACCGGCACACGGGAGGAGCACAGCACGUGUGCACGGAGCCUGUGUAAAGCCGUAACGCCCGACAGCCGUACUCGAGCGCUACGCCCCGUCCCAGAGCCUUUUCCUUGGCAAGCAGGGGUGGAGGACAGACCGCGGUGUGUGCUCUGCCCCCUCUUGGCUCUCCCCUUCCCUGGGGCAGGCCGGGAGCAGAGCAGCACACCGUCCUGCUCUCUGCUUACAAUCCGUACUUACCCUCUGCAAGAUCAAAACCAUUUCUUGAUGAUUUGGUGUAGAACUUUAAAAAAAAAAAAAACUUAUUCUAGCUUUUUCUGAGAGAUCUUCCCUCUACCUCCAUAACGAUGCCAAAUGUUAAUGUAUUCUCUCCAGCUUGAAAACAUUUACCAGUUUCUGGUAUUUUAUUUAUAUGUUGAGCUUGACAAACAAAAACACUGUGGACAGAUUCUGAUCUCCAAAAACUGAUGUAAAUCCCAAAUUAAUCGAAGUUACUGAUUUACUUCAUGUUUGCAUACUUGUCACAGAGACCAGAAUCUGCCUGGAAUAAACAUAUUCUAGACUGCUGAAGAGAAAAGUAACAACAGACAGAGGGAGAGGGGGAUCUAUUUUUUUCUACUUUACAGAAUAGGUUUUAGAGUACUGAAUGCAAAUUAUGUAGUAAUAUUAUUGUAGAACUGCAAGAAAUUUAAGAUGACCUUUAUAAUGUAAAAAUAUUUUUAUAUUUUUUUCUUAACACAAAAAGAAAAACCCUAAUUUUUUUACAUUGGACUAAACAACUUUUUAAGCAAGUUAAUGCAUCAAAGAUCGAAAACUUUAAAAAAAAAAAAAAGAUUAGUCUGUAGAGCAUCUUUGGGUUUAUUCCCUUUAUUUAGGUACUUUCGCUUAUAGUAGUGUAGACUUUUUAAUUCCAGUUUUAGUUUAGAUCUAAACCUAUUGCUUAAUUCCUCUCCUGUGUAAAUGUAACUUCAGAAGCACUGAAUGAAAGCUACGUGCACAAACCUGAAAGUCAUUUUAACCCUUAGAGAAGUGACAUUACCUGAAGCGCCUGCCAACUGAACUUGGCCAUGUACUUACGGCACUCAGAGGGUUAACAUAGCACUAGAUCAACACACAAUCUGCUCAGUUUUAAAUUAUUUUAGCAAGCUUAGACAACAGCAUGGUCCAGUGCUCAACAGAGGAACUCAGCAGACUAUUCCCAGACCUGACAUAGAUUCUUCUUAUAUAUAUAAAAAAAAAUCUUAAAAAAAAAAAAAAGCUGUGUCUCAGCUGACCAUUUUUCAUUGAGACUCUUUGAUGUAAGGUGCUGUAGAAGUGUCAACUACUGUAAAAGCCACAGCUGACAAAUCAGCCACACUGAGCCCACCAGUGGCCUAGCGUAACUCAAAACUGGGCGUAAAGCUGGCAUACCGUAAUACCUGAUCGCUAUUUUGUGGUCGGAUAAAACGUAAUUUAGCAGCAAAGCAAAGACGGGUAUAAAGAAAAAAGCAGAUGUGUUUAAAUAACACCAGAGGAAAUUUAGGGGAAAGUCCUGAACAGUAUUAAACUGCGCGUCUUGACCAAGGACCGAGUAGCACUGGCAUGCCCAGAAGAGCCGUCAGUCAUUUCAGAACUCGUUAGGACUUUCACCCGCUUAUUUCAAGGCUACUCAGGGCCCCUCCAUGGCGUUCGGGCUGCCUGCCUUGGUUCAGGGCACGCUGACCAGGGAAAGGCCCAUCUGUAUUGCAGCCCCCUCUCAUCACGGUUAUUCCAUCCGAUUCCUGCAAAGUCUCCUUGGUGCAAGCUGCUGCUCCCCUCCUGCAGGAGCCUCUCCCUGUGCGCGCACAGCGCAGGCGCAGCGCGUUUCCUCAGCCACGCAGACGGAGCGCUUACACUUACACUUCUUACACCCCUUUUCUGACCGAUGCCCCAAAAGGGGGCUCGCUGACGUCGCGUCGUGCUGGCCCUGCGCUCUGCUCUGUGCGUACAGCUUUAUCGCCAGACCUUACCCUGUGGCUUCAGCUACUGCAGUAUAAACACGAUUUCCACCUGGUACACCGUAACAUCUUCAGUUUAUACUGGUCUGAGAAAAUUUAAUCCCCCCCCUCCCCAAGACAUGCAAGAAAUAGACCUGUAAACUGCCCAUUUCUGAGACAAAACAGCAAGCAUGAACAACUUGUGUUACGUGCCCUACGGUUAACGAUCAAUGCCAAAACAGAGCUACUUUUAUUAAUACCAAAAAAGUGUCUUUAGAACUGCUAUAUGAAGUGUUAUUAUUUUGUGUUAAUGCUCUUUUGUAAUAGAAGGAAAACUUUGCCCUUAAGUUUUUAUCGCAACAAGAUUUUUUUUUUAGUUCUUUUACAGCAAUUUCAACUUUUCUUGAAAUACGCAUUUGAAUUCCUGAAACCAGUUUGAAUGUAGAAGUCAUGGAAAUACCACUUCAUUAAGCCAAGUAAAACCACUGUAUGUAUGUAGCAGGGAUAAAUGUUUUGCAGCUGUACUUUCAUUUGUCCAAUGAUUCUCCAUCAUUUGUUGUAAUUUUUUUACUUCAUUGAGUUUGUAUUUUUUGGCUUUUAUGUUCAAAAUAUGUUUAUAGCUUUAUAAAUAAAGUAAUUGCCAGACUGGCUAUUCAAAAUAGGCCACUGGAAGUUAUAAACCUA